GGUAGCAUUAGUAUUAGAGGCAAUAGUAUCUGAUUCAGAAUUUGUAUCAAGAGCAACAGGACCAGAUCCAGAAUAUACAACAGCACCAGACCCAGAAUAUUUAUUGGGAGUAUUAGGAGCAGCAGCACUAGACACAAAAUAUGAAACAAA